UAGGAAAAUUGACGGGUGCCAGCAACAUCUUCGGUGUAUUCCAUAUUUGCUGCUGGUAUCGUUUCGCUUCCUGCAUGGCUCAUUGAUUUCCUGCGUCAGCACCAAGUCAGGUUCCCAUCGAGCAGACGAGUAUCUAUUUCAUUCUUUACCAGAAGUCCAAGUGACACUACCACCCUUGCCCAACGUUGUAACAUGGAGUACCUUAUCCGCUUUAGUCAGUCGCAUGAAACUUUUCGGCUGCCUGAGAUCCAGGCCCUUGCAGAGCUGGGUAAAUUUGACAUGAAAGUCAUUCACUAUGAUCUGGAGUCACCUUUUUGUGUUGUCGAGUUGCCUUCAGAAGAGGCUGCUCGCUUUCUCAUGAGCCGAUCCAUAUUGGCGCAAAGCAUACAUGAGCACUGGGGCACCGGAAAUACUGUAGCAGAGCUGCACGAGGAUAUCAAGCGGCGCACAUCGCAGCUUUGGACAAAGUAUAAGACAUGCAGCUUCAAGUUCUUUCUGGAUGCGUAUCAAGGCACGCGGUCAAACGUAAAGAGACGCGAGCUCUUUGAAUCGCUGGCAUUUCUGGAAUUUGAAGGCGAAAUUAAAAUGAAAGACUACGAGCAGGAGUUUUCUCUUUUUGAGCAGUGGGAUUUCCAAGCUGUUACAAGGAACCUUCCAGCUCCAAUGAAAAUACACUUCGGGCGCUUUAUCACCAAGUCAGUCAGAGAUUUAAUCGUCAGAUUGGAUCUCAAGAAGAGAGCCUACAUUUCAACGACUUCCAUGGAUAGCGAGCUAGCUCUAGUUUCGGCAAACAUGGCAUUAGCUGGACCGGGAAAACUCUUCUACGACCCUUUCGUUGGUACUGGAAGUUUCCCCAUCGCCUGCGCCCAGUUCGGGGCGCUUGCUUGGGGUAGCGACAUCGACGGACGUAGCAUCCGAGGAGAAAGCGUGAAGAAGAGUUUGAGGGGUAACUUCAAGCAAUAUGGGCUGGAGCAUCUGAUGGGAGAAAUGUUUGCCUGCGACUUGACCAACACACCGGUCCGUCAAGCGAGAAUUCUCGACGGAAUCAUCGCAGAUCCACCAUAUGGUGUCCGGGAGGGCCUCAAGGUACUUGGUGUCCGCGAUCCUGUGAAGUAUCACUAUGUCAUAGAGAAGGGAAAGGCCUUCUAUAAGGAUGAGGACUUCGUGCCGCCAAAGAAGCCAUACAGCUUCAACGCAAUGCUCGACGACAUACUACAGUUCGCGACAGACAGGCUUGUCGAUGAUGGGCGGCUCUCCUUCUGGAUGCCUACAGCCAACGAUGCUGACCAGGCUAUCGGCGUACCCGUGCACCCAUGCAUGGACAUCGUAUCGGUUUGCGUGCAAGUUUUCAACAAAUGGUCACGCAGGUUGAUCACAUACCGUCGCCUGCCGGACUCAGAGGUUGACGCUACAGCUUUGGCACAAAGGCAAGAGCGCGUGCAAGCGAAUGGCGUCACUGCCGAUGAGCUCAACGAUUUCCGCCGACACUACUUCAAUGCUUUCCGCAGUCAAGCUCCAGCUGACGCAACGUCAGAAGCAACGCCUAAUUGAGGUUUUUACAUGCCGUCUUGGCAGGCGUAGCAAAUCCGACUGUAUCCUGAUUGACACCGCUCGGUCCGAGUCGCUGAGAUAACAGGACGACAAGUGCGGAGUGACUCCCUCGUGCCGCAUAUGAACCGACGUCGACUGUUCAAGCUCGCAGAUGUUGUGCAAGCCCGAAAGCUUCGUUCUUGAUACGCGAUUAGUAAUUCGUGUGGCACCUAUUGUGAUCGAGGAUAUCAAGCGGUAACUAUAGUCGUUGAUAUAUCGAGGCACAGUGUUUUGACC